AUUUUAUGAUAAUAAGAAAAUCGCUAGAAAUUAAUCUUUACCUAAAUAAAAGAUAAAAAUGUAUAUUUUUCUCUUUUUAAUACUCAAAGUACUUUUAACAUUUUUGACAAACACUUGCGCGGACGAAUUGGAAAAUGAAGAAAAAAUGUACUUGCUGGUUUCUCCUGAUCAACACGCACGAACGCCUCGCUUGGAAGAUUUCUUCUGGACAGGGUCUGGAGAUGGACCACCCCCACCUGACUUAUCCGAGCCAGUGGCAACACCGAGUACACCAAUUGUGCAGACUACGACUGUUCUUGCUACGGUUUACUUGGAUUCAUAUUCACCUCAAGCGGUGACAGAUAAAUCAAGCGGGGAAUGUAUCCUGAACUGCGAUGUGACGCCAGAUAGUCUGGAAACUGAGAUCCCAGAAGACCGACGUUACUGGCUCCUGACAGUAAUACAAGGUUCCACUCCUGACAGCUUACAACUACGACUUGCUAGGCUAUACCAAAAAGCAUUUCUAAGGCAACAAGAGCGACAUCUAGGGAUAAUAAAAUCUCUUGACGCACCAACGGCAAGGAAGAAACACGAAGUUCAUUCGUUCGUCGUUAAUAAAGAUAACACAUUUAACGAUAUAAGCACCCACACUGCCAAAACACCACAAAAGAUCUAUGAUAUUCAAAGUUCAAUGGUAAAACUAGAGGAUUUAGCCGUUAACUCAGCGUUGAAAAUGGAAAACGCUGGUGCAGGUAAAUUAAAUAGAAGCGAUGAUUUGGAAGAUGUAGAAAUGUUUCCGGCUGAUGACGUCGAUCAACCGAUUUCAACCAAUUCUAAAAUCAAAGCGACAAAAUUAAGUGAAAUAGAAUCUUGGAUACUAGUAACACCAACAGUCGUUAUACGGAAGAGAAAUGUAGAAGAUGUUUUAGAAGGCGACAAAGAAGAUCUAAUCGACUUACCGCUUGAAGAGGAACCGAAUAAUGGUACAGUAUUGUAUAAAAGAGAAAUCAUUAAGCCUGAACAACAACCUCCCGUUCAAGUUCAUAUACAAAAUAUAACCGAGUCGACGGCGGGCAGCGUGCAGAUCGUGUACGUGGUGCUGGUGGGGGGGCGCGCCGUGCCGGCGGCCGUGGCGGCGCGCGACAUGCGGCUCGUGCGCGACGCGGAGGUGGCGCGCGAGCUGGGCGCCGUCGUCACCACCAAGGCCGAGCCAGCGUACCUGAAGGCAGCCGAGGGUCUAGAGGGCGAGGCGGGCACGGGGGUUCGGGGUGCAGAGCUGUGGGCGCUGGUGGUGGGCUCGGUCGCGGCCCUAUUGCUGGUGCUGGCUUUACUGCUGCUGCUAUGUGUGGCACAUAGAAAGAAAUCUAUGAAAUCAGCAGCGUCUCUACGAGCCUACAGAACGGAGAUGAUAAGAGAAGCUGAACGUAAUCAAAUGAAGCAAAUCAACGACGAUAAAGACGCUAAGUUGGUAAGUGUGGUGUCGCCGAGUAGAACGAGACCCAGCAGCGUCCUGUUGCCUAUUUAUAGAGCCGGCAGUGCUUCGGGUUCGUCUACGUCAUCAUCUGGCGUAUCAGAAGUAGCAGCUGCUUUGAGAAGACGACAGAAGAAACCUCACGCGUUAAGGAUGCCACAGAAGAAAAGAGUGGGUACGACGGACAGUUUAUUGGAAGCUGCAGGAGUCGACAGCUCAGACAGCGGCCAGCGAUCAGCUCCGCCGACACCUACCUCAUAUCUCUCUAUGCCUUCAGUCAGUGCUUUUCCCAGGGGAAAUAUGGUGGAACCGCUCUCCAAAAUCCUAGAACCGGUUUCCGUUAGACAUCUUGAUAUAGAUUCACCGCCGUCCAGCCCCAAGCAGACCAGGCUGAGUCAGGCUAAUGUAGUGCCAAGAAGACAAAUGCCAUCACAAUUGGUACGCCUUGGCAGCAUAGAUAAGGACCCUGGAGUUAUCGGACCUCUGGUGUGGGACUUGCACUGCCAGAGAAUUAAAGAUGUAUCGAAGCCCUCCAGCCCCGCUAGAUCUAUAGCAUCGGCUUGUAAAGAACCAUCGUCAUCCAGGAUGAGAAGGCGGUUCAACGAGCUGAUGGAUGACGCCUUCACACUGUUCGGUAGUGCAUCCAGUGCCAAUUCCCACGAGACAUUCACUAUAGAUAAACAAGACAGCCAGGAAAAGAACACCCCGCAGGCGCGCAACCCCGCCGUGCGCGUGCCGGGCCCGCGCGCGCCGCACUCGGCGGGCGCCGGACGCUCGCGCGCGUGCGCGGACAGCGCGCUGCGACCGCGGACCGCCGCCUGGCACGCACACUCCACACAGAGACCGCCAGGACCAGUCGUGAACACAGCAUUUAUCACCGCUGAAGGACGACUCGCUCCGGACGAUCCCGCUCUACCCCUUAUCUCGGCUAUCAAAAGCGAAAUACAACGCAUUAGAGAUAACGCAAAACCAACUUAGAACAAAUAGUUCUACAUACAGCAACAACCUGUUAAUAUCCCACUACCGGGCUAAGGCCUCCUCUCCCUUUUG